AUGGUAAGGCUAGCCAAAGGAGCUAACAAGCAGGCUACACAGAAGGCUAACCCUCCUGCAGAGGAGCUGGACGAUGAGAACAAUGAGGGGGAGGUAAAUGAAGACGCAGCUGAGGAGGUUCCAGAUGAGACUGAUGGAGCUGCUGUUGAAGACACUUUCCCUCAAGACGACGACGAGGAGGAUGAGGAGGAGGAGGAGGAGGAAGAAGCAGUAGAAGCUGAGGAAGAUAACAACCACUCUGAAAAACGGAAAGCCGAUUCCGAAGAAGACUCUCCAGACGCUAAGAAAGCAAAACCUGAGGAGCCAGAGUUUUGUCUCAUCGUUGGAAACCUGAACACAAGUAAAGAAGAUGAUGAACUGAAAGAGUCAUUAAAGGGGUUCUUUGCAGAAAACAGCCUUGAGGUCGUAGAAGUCCGGAUAAGGGAAAAGGAGAAAGGGCAAAAGUAUGGUUAUGUGGACUUUGCUUCUGAAGAGGAUUUGGAUAAGGCCCUUGAGCUCAAUGGACAGACACUGUUGGAUCAAGAACUGAAACUGGAAAAAGCACCCAGUCAAGACUCAAAAUUUGAGGAAAGGAAAGAGAAAAAUGCUCGUACACUGUUUGCUAAAAACCUGCCCUUCUCUGCUACACCUGAGGAGCUGAAAAAGGCCUUCAAGGAGGCUAUAGAUUUGAGAAUACCAACGGGAGACAAAAACAAAGGCAUUGCAUACAUAGUAUUUGAGUCUGAAGCUGUGGCAGAGAAAGUGAUGGAGGAGAUAAAUGGAACUGAAAUACUGGGAAGAACCGUCAGACUGGACUUUGUUGGAGAGAAAAGCAAGAAUAAGAGAGGUGGACAGUUCAAAACCUUAUUUGUCAGAGGUCUUUCUGAAGACACAACUGAUGAGACUCUGAAAGAAGCCUUCAAAGGUUCAGUCUCAGCCAGGAUUGUGUCGGAUAGGGAAACUGGGGUGUCUAAGGGGUAUGGUUUUGUGGAGUUUGAAACGGAGAAGGAUUGCACUGCAGCUAAAGAGUCCAUGGAAGAGGGGGUUAUGGAGGCUUUGGCGGUGGCCGGGGUGGUGGUGGUGGUUGGGGUAGAGGGGGCUUUGGAGGAGGCUAUGGAGGUGGAUAUGGUGGAGGUGGAUGGGGAGGGGGAGGAAGAGGCGGCAGGGGAGGCUGGGGAGGCCGUGGAGGUGGUCCAGGGGGUCGGGGUGGCUGGAGAGGACGAGGGGGAUUUGGGGGAGCAAAGCAGAUUGCAAUCUGUGGCUGUACUUGGUGCUCCUUUCUCCGGAGGACAGAAAAGAAGUGGCGUUGAGCAUGGACCGAAGGUGAUACGAGAUGCCGGCUUGAUCGAGAGACUGUCUGCUUUAGACUCUUCUAUCCAUGAUUUUGGGGACCUGACAUUUUCCAAAAUAGAGAAUGAUGAAACCUACAUGGAAGUGAACACCCCGCGCACUGUAGGAGCCGCCUCUAAGAAGCUGUCUGGAGCCGUGAGCAGAGCCAUUGGAGCAGGGCACACCCUGGUUAUGCUGGGAGGGGAUCACAGUCUUGCCAUGGGCUCAGUACAAGGCCACGCCCAGCAGUGUCCGGACCUGUGUGUGAUCUGGGUGGACGCCCACGCAGAUAUCAACACCCCUAUGACGUCUCCUUCUGGGAACAUGCACGGACAGCCAGUGUCCUUCAUGCUGAAAGAGCUGCAGGACAAGGUCCCAGAUCUUCCAGGUUUUGGGUGGAUGAAACCGUUCCUUACCUCAAGAGACAUUGUGUACAUUGGUUUGAGAGAUGUCGACCCUGGGGAGCACCACAUACUGAAAAACCUUGGUAUUCAGUACUAUUCCAUGAGAGACAUUGACAGACUUGGCAUUCAAAGAGUCAUGGAGGUCACACUUGAUAAUCUCAUUGGCAGACAACAGCGUCCAAUCCACUUGAGCUUCGACAUUGAUGCGUUUGACCCAGCCCUCGCUCCAGCCACCGGGACCCCAGUGAACGGAGGGCUGACCUAUAGAGAGGGCAUCUACAUCACGGAGGAGAUCCACAACACAGGCCUGCUGUCAGCCAUGGACCUUGUAGAGGUUAACCCAGUGUUGGGUGCAACCCCUGAAGCCAUUGAGGCCACUGCGGCUUUAGCCGUGGAUGUGAUCGCCUCUUCUCUGGGGCAGACGAGAGAAGACUCUUCUAUCCAUGAUUUUGGGGACCUGACAUUUUCCAAAAUAGAGAAUGAUGAAACCUACAUGGAAGUGAACACCCCGCGCACUGUAGGAGCCGCCUCUAAGAAGCUGUCUGGAGCCGUGAGCAGAGCCAUUGGAGCAGGGCACACCCUGGUUAUGCUGGGAGGGGAUCACAGUCUUGCCAUGGGCUCAGUACAAGGCCACGCCCAGCAGUGUCCGGACCUGUGUGUGAUCUGGGUGGACGCCCACGCAGAUAUCAACACCCCUAUGACGUCUCCUUCUGGGAACAUGCACGGACAGCCAGUGUCCUUCAUGCUGAAAGAGCUGCAGGACAAGGUCCCAGAUCUUCCAGGUUUUGGGUGGAUGAAACCGUUCCUUACCUCAAGAGACAUUGUGUACAUUGGUUUGAGAGAUGUCGACCCUGGGGAGCACCACAUACUGAAAAACCUUGGUAUUCAGUACUAUUCCAUGAGAGACAUUGACAGACUUGGCAUUCAAAGAGUCAUGGAGGUCACACUUGAUAAUCUCAUUGGCAGACAACAGCGUCCAAUCCACUUGAGCUUCGACAUUGAUGCGUUUGACCCAGCCCUCGCUCCAGCCACCGGGACCCCAGUGAACGGAGGGCUGACCUAUAGAGAGGGCAUCUACAUCACGGAGGAGAUCCACAACACAGGCCUGCUGUCAGCCAUGGACCUUGUAGAGGUUAACCCAGUGUUGGGUGCAACCCCUGAAGCCAUUGAGGCCACUGCGGCUUUAGCCGUGGAUGUGAUCGCCUCUUCUCUGGGGCAGACGAGAGAAGGUGCCCACGCCCCCCUCCACGAGGAACCCGCCGUGAGCGCAGAGGACACAGAACAGCUCAGACUUUAA